CGUUUAGUUGCACUCACGACUAGACCUUAUCCUCCCGCUUCCUAUCUUCGUAGAUUACCGUCACCACGUAUGUAUACCCCCACGCCGAAACGCCACCGGCUCCACCGUGCACCCCACCCCGCCUUUCUCUCUCUCUCUAAUAUUUCCACCAAAAUCUGCUUCCCAAUUUUCAUUAUUUUCUUUUGAUUACAAGAAACAAAAAGAAUGUCAGCUGCUUCUGUUACACUUUCAGUGGCAGCCACUGCCACCACCAUUUCCAAUCCCUCAAACUCAAUUCACCAUUUCUCUCUCACCGCCACUCAUUUCUUUCCCUUUAAAUCAAAACCCAUAAAGUCUCCAAACCUCAAAUCCCAUUACAAUCUAAAUUCCCCACCUUUUUCCCACUCUGUGUUAUUCUGUGCUUCGGCUGCAUUUGACAGCGUCGAAAUCACUCAAGAAGAGACUCAAGAAAUAGUACCAGAACAAGAAGUUGUUGAAAAGGGUGAAGACGAUGAGGGAGUGGAAUCACAGUCAGCUGAAGCUGGUAGAUUGUACGUGGGCAAUUUGCCAUUUUCAAUGACGUCUUCCCAGUUAUCAGAAAUUUUUGCAGAAGCUGGUCGUAUUGUUUCCGUGGAGAUUGUCUAUGACCGAGUUACAGAUAGGAGCCGGGGAUUUGCAUUUGUUACAAUGGGCAGUGCUGAGGAAGCAAAAGAGGCAAUUCGGUUGUUUGAUGGAUCUCAAAUUGGAGGACGAACUGCUAAGGUGAACUUCCCUGAGGUGCCUAGGGGAGGUGAAAGGGAAGUAAUGGCUCCAAAGAUAAGAAGCAGCUAUCAAGGUUUUGUAGAUAGCCCCCAUAAGAUAUAUGCCGGGAACCUCAGCUGGAACCUCACGUCUCAAGGCCUAAGAGAAGCUUUUGCAGAUCAGCCAGGAUUCCUGAGUGCUAAGGUAAUCUAUGACCGGGACUCCGGAAGAUCUCGAGGUUUUGGGUUUAUAAGUUUUGCAUCAGCUGAAGAAGUAGAAUCUGCACUAAAUGCCAUGAAUGGAGUGGAGCUUGAAGGCCGGCCACUAAGGUUAAACUUGGCGGAGCAGAGAACCCCUGUAUCUCCUCCGGAGGCUAUUCGUAGUAUUUCAGAUAAUGAUCUGGAGAACAGUGAGAUUCUUUCAAGUUUUAGUCCUUGAGGUACAUUUUUGGUACGCCGCACUGGAAUGGACAUGGCUUGAUAGUAUAAUGAACAAGAGUUUAGCUUAUUUUCUUUAUCAAAAUAAUCAAGUUCCAUCUAAUACUUGUUACUUAACGUACCAGAGGAGUUCAAAGAAAUCUGGAAUUUUUCAUAUCGGCCAGAGGAUAGCGGAGAGCAGAAUGCAUGCAAAACUAAUGUCAGAUUUUGUUAUCAGUGCAUGCCUUGGGUUUUAUUGUAUUUAUAGUAUUAUUUGCUUGAUUUAAUCCUUCUACAGAAAAAUACUUCACAGAAUUGCACCAAAUGCGGGUGUGUCAGCAUCUGGUUUGACCUGCUUUUUUUUUUUGGGCCAUUAUCCAACAUAUUGCUACCAAGUGUCUUCUGUAUAAAUUCUAAAAGCCAAAUUCUAUACGUGUAGAACUACUGUAUUUCUUUACUCUUCUAACAUGUUAUAUUGAGAUCGUGUCGUUCUUAAGAAAUGAAGUUUCUUUGAAUCUA